AUGACUUUAAAGGCCUCCACAAGUUCAGAUGCCAAUCUACCUUAUCCCGAUCCUCAUUACUACAGGUGGCUUGCGGACUCUCUCAACUAUCUUACUAUUACCAGGCCGGACAUAGCUUAUGUAGCCAAUCAAGUCUGCCAACACAUGCACCAUCCCACCAUUUUAAAGUGCUUUCUACGCUAUAUUCAAGGUACAAUUCAUUUCGGCCUACCGUUAACUACAACCCCUCUUCAGCUUCGUACUUACUCCGACGCCGACUGGGCCGGCGACCCCCACGACCGCAAAUCUACAACAGGCUUUUGCACAUUCCUAGGAACGACUCCCAUCUCCUGGUGUGUCAAGAAACAAGCCACUGUCACAAAAACAUCCACAAAAGCUGAAUAUAGGUCUCUCUCAUCGGCCACUUCAGAUGUUAUUUGGAUACAGCGUCUUCUAGCAGAUUUUCAAUUACCUCCCACAACACCUACUCCUCUCUACUGCAACAACACCUCGGCAAUGGCAAUUGCUCAUCAUCCGGUCUUCCAUGCAAGGACCAAACAUAUUGAAAUUGACUAUCAUUUCAUCCGUCAUCACAUUACCAAUGGUGAGAUUGUCCUUCAUCAUAUUUACUCCGAGGAACAACCAGCCGACCUUCUUAUCAAACCGUUGCCUUCAUCAAGGUUCCAGGAUCUUCGUGACAAAUUAAGCAUCAAACUUAUCAAUGCUUAA